GUGUUCUUAAUCUUUAUAUCGUGGACAGCUUUCAGUUACACCACACAAUACGCAAAAAAGAAGAAUAACUUAAAGAGGGAACAAAGUAGGGCCCUUCGCGACGAUAUUCACGGUGGGUUACCCAUCGAAAUCCUAACCCUGCACGAAAGGGCUUAACUUGAGGAGCGCUACUUAAAAAAAAAAAACAGUUCCACGAGGGUUAUUGCGUGAUGCUUAAGUCUUGUAUAAAUACGCUGAUUUAUUCUCACGGACUUUUUACACAAUGUAGCUUAAUACAAACACUUAUUUUGGUUCAAAUUUCAGUUCAAAUUGUGGCAAAAUAAAAGAUUUGUAAAUUCCAAGCUUUGCUAAUGUCGGUAUUGAAUUUUUCAGUCCCAUCACGACCCCUAUUUCCUAGAUACUCUUUUAAAUAGUUCAUGUAAGUGGCUGGUAAACUUCAGAUGCUUGUCGAAAGUGACAUCCAAUAGCUUCAUUCUGGACCACUUUCUACCACUUUUUCAUUACUUCGUUUUUGUGCCUCUGGCCAAACUGAAUGAAUGAAAUCUGUCAGGAUUACAUUUCAACAAAUUGAGUCGGUACCAAUUUGAGAUUGCCCUUCCCUCGUCCGUUAAAGUCCUUUCCACAUCUUCCAUAGCUUCGCCACAAACAUACAUUUGACGGUCAUCAGCAUACAUUUGAAUGCUACUUGUGUCAGUGUUGUAGACCAGGUCAUUCUGGAAAAUAUUCCAUAAGAGCGGUCCAAAAUUUGAGCCCUGGGGACAUACUCUAAGCAUUGCUUUCUCACCUAUUCAUGCAAAUUGCCUAAUUUCAUACCGCAUGGUGGCCUGACACUACCGGAUUUUCCCGGACUUUUUAAAAAGUCCAGUUUCAAAAUGGCGGAUAGUCGGAGUAAAAACUCGAACGAAAGCAUUCUUUUUCGAAGAAAUAUUGAUCAAUAUUCCCUCGGAGAAUCUGUCUAAACUUAGUAAGGAAAGGAUGCAGUAUUUCUGCCAUGCCCUGAAGCUAAACUUAAGGAGCCGACACUCAGCAAGUGCAAGCAAUUGUUCGAUGAACGGGUCGCUCGAACCAAGCAUGAUUAUAAAUUUUCUACAGCAAAGGAUCCUCUGUUUAAUUCUACCUGCAUAUGAAAAGUAGAGGAUCAUUGCAGGAAAGAACACAGAUGUGAUUGUGCACGGAUCGAUCGUAGCCUAAGUAUGCUGGAGCAAAACUUAAAAGGGCAGUACAGAAGGGCUUACCUGGAUUAUUCCCGCCGCGGAAAAGAGUAAUGUCCGUGAAAGGUACUGAGUGUAGUGAACCUUGUGGCAUUAUGUAUGUUAAACCUAGUGUUGUUCACAUGAAGGGAGAUAAGGGACUAGUCUAUACUCGGUGCAUGCUAGCCAAAAGGUAGAUGUACGUGACAUUCUUGAUUGUGAUUACAAGCUGAUUGCCCAAAUUACAGGAACUGCAAUGUUACCGGACGAGAAAUGCCUCUCAAGUAUUAAAAGAUUGAAGUAUACUUGCUUUUGUCCAUGUUCAGUGAGAAUUGUUUCCGGUCUGAUCUUUAGGAUUUCUACUGAGACCAUACGCAGCGACGGGGAGAAAAUCUAAUGUAAGCCUUGCCUACCUAAUAUACAGUGUUGCCCUUUCAUUCAGGGUCACUCUGGCGUGUUUCGCUUUUUGGUAGUUUUUAUUUUACGGUUUGUAAAAACAGGUACACCCACUCCCUUAUCAUUCCCCAAUAUUCGGUCGGAUCUAGCACCGUAAAAAGAGCUAAACUCGACGGUUCUUUGUUCAAAUUUUUUGUCAAACAAUUCGGGAAUCCUUCCAAUACUUCCAAGUAGCGAAAGUCUCCGAUUACAUCUUUCUUUUCUCGAAAUUUUUAAUCGAGGCUCUUUAUAGCAGUAAAACAACUGUUCUUAGCUUUAGAAUAUUCACUUUUUGGAGUAAUCUGGCCCUUAAUAUCGUUUCAACUGCACAAAAUGACCUUUGCAUUACCUUCUAUUUUGGAAGCCAUCUUCAAUCCGAAAUUUAAAAAGUCCGGGAAAAUCCGGUAGUACCAGGCUCCCGCGCGGCGUGAAAUUAGGCAAUAAAGGUUAUUGUUGUUGUUGUUGCCUAAAUGUUGGCACUUUCCUUUAGCAACGCAGACGAAACUGAAUGGUGUCAGUCCUCUAUAAGUUUGUCCAACAUUUCGCACGUUUUUCUCCGAGAAAGCUUGUCGGAAGAAAUGAGGUGAUUGGCAAAGGUUCAAUUUGCAUUUUAUACCAAAUGGUUUACGCGUCGAAAAACAAAAAUAUGGAAUUGUUACUGUGGGUAGUUGGGUGUGUAGGCCAUCCAGAUUCAGGCUAUUAAUUCUAUUUUUGUAUUUGUUUCUUUUGUCCAGGUUAUGCCCUGAAAUGCUACCAAUGUGCCUCUCUUAAGAGCUGGGAUGACUGCAAAAAUAGUGCACUACAGGUAAACUGUUCGGACAGUCAGGACCGUUGUGGCAAAGCUGUUAUCAAAGCUGAGAGCUCAGUCUCAUCAGCCGAGGGCUUUGCCAAAGGAUGUUUAGAGUCAUCUGAAUGCAGCGCGGACACCUGCAAAGGGAUCUACCCCUCAGUGAAAAUCACCAAAUGCGAAAUCAACUGCUGUAAAGGAGACCUGUGCAAUGGAGCCAAAGUACCAAUGGUCAGCGCCAUCAUGCUGUUGUCAUGCGCUAUUGUAGCUUUUGCUCGAUAA